AUGCCCCUUAUAAGUCCUGCUCCCAGAUCUCCUGGUCCUCCCGGCGUGCCGUCGCGCUGCCAGCCGGCGUGCGACGCGGACGUGGCGUGGGCGGCGGCCGAGAAGCGGCUGGCCGAGGCGUGGGCCACCGGCUGGGCGGCGGUGGGCUUCGCCGCGUCGCUGGGGGCGGCGCUGACGCUGGUGGGCGGCGGGGGCGGCGGCCGCGGCCGGCAGGGCGGCGGCGGCGCCGGCUCGUCGGGGGCGGCGUCCGCGCGCUCGCCGCCGGCCGUCGCCUUCCUGGCGCUGUCGCACAACCUGUGCGCCGUCGGCUGGGCGGUGCGGGCGGCGGCGGGGCGGCGCGCCGUCGCCUGCAGCGCCGCCCACGCGCUGCUCAUGACGCGCGACGGGCUGGCCAACGCCAACUGCGCCGUCGUCUUCCUGCUCCUCUACUACUUCGGCACCGCCGCCUCCGUCUGGUGGGUGGUGCUGUGCCUGUCGUGGUUCCUGUCGGCGGGCGGCGGCUGGUCGGCGGAGCGCGUGCAGCAGCAGUCGUCGCUGUUCCACCUGGCGGGCUGGGGGCUGCCCGCCGUCUGCACCGUCGCCGUGCUCGUCCUCAGGCACGUCGACGCCGACGAGCUGACAGGGUCGUGCUACGUGGGCAACCACAGCGCGCGCUCGCUGCUGGUGUUCGUGGUGGUGCCGCAGCUGGCGUGGCUGUGCGCCGGCGGCGCCCUGCUCGCCGCGGGCUGGCUGGGCUGCCGCAGGCGCCGGGGCGCCGCCGCCAGGAUGCGAACCCUGGGCCCGGACGCCAAGCUCAACCAGGGUGAGCUGUGCCGCCUGGGGGCGCUGGCCGGGGCGUGCGCGGUGCCCGCGGUUCUGAGCCUGGUGGCGCUGCUGGUGGAGUACGGGGCGCGCCGCCCCCACGAGGCGGGGGCGACGCCGCUGUGGGCGCCGCUGCUGCGGCUGGCGGCGGGGCAGGCGGGCGCCGUGGCCGUGGCCGGCUGGGUGUGGCUGUGCUCGCCGCCGCCCUGCCGCUCGCUGCGCGCCUGGCGCCGCCUCCAGCCGUGCAAGCAGCCGCCGCCCGCCUCCGCCGCCCCCGCGCCGCCGCCGCACCCGCCGCCGCUCUACUACCAGCCGGCGGCGCUGGCCCGGCCGCCCUACCAGCACGCCGCGUCCUCCACCACCGCGCAGCUGGUGCACCUGCAGCACAGCGCCGCCCACGCCGCCCAGCCGCUGCUGCCCGCCGCCCUGGGCCAGCACCAGCCGCUGCUGCUGCCCGCCGCCCCCGCCGCCCACGUCCACGGCGGCCACAAACCGGCGCGCAAGCACCGCUCUUCCAAACACACCAAGCACGGCAGUGAGACCACUGUCUGA